AUAUAAUAGAGCAUGGAGAUUUUCAAAAUUGGGACCCUUACCACGCCCACGCUCUCUCUGCAUUUCGUCCCGCUCUUCAAUGGCUCGUUAGGUUCUCGCUUUAUUCGGGGAAGGUUAGCAGCAGCAAAUUCAGUUCGGAAAGGGCCGUGCAGUUAUUAUGUAAACUAGGAAAGCAAAUCGUAUCGAAAAGCUUUGAGAUUCUUCACAUUUAUACGGAAUCGUUGUCUAGGGUUUGGAUCAGUGUUAAAUUUCUUGUUCUGCCUCACAAAGAGAGUGAACGAUGGGGGCGAUUUGUCUGCUGUAUUGGAUUUGCUUUUGUUUGGCCAUGAGCGGUUGUUUUGGGGACGAUCCGUACGCCUACUUCGAUAUGGAACUCUCGUAUAUUACUGCUUCGCCAUUGGGUGUUCCUCAACAGGUUAUAGCUGUUAAUGGGAAGUUCCCAGGUCCUGUUAUUAACGUGACAACUAACUUCAAUGUUGUGGUAAAUGUGAAGAACAAGUUGGAUGAGAAUGUCUUGAUCACAUGGUCCGGAAUCCAGAUGCGUCGUUCAUCGUGGCAAGACGGUGUUUUAGGCACAAAUUGUCCGAUCCCUCCGAAAUGGAACUGGACUUAUCAAUUCCAGGUGAAGGAUCAGAUCGGGAGCUUCUUUUACUUCCCAUCAUUGAAUAUGCAGAGGGCGUCCGGUGGAUUCGGUUCUUUUGUUAUAACGAACCGUAAGAUCAUUCCUAUUCCUUUCAAGAUGCCUGAUGCAGAUAUUGUGAUCAUGAUUGGUGAUUGGUAUACUCGUAACCAUAAGGAUCUUCGGAAGGCUCUUGACGAUGGGAACUUGUUAGGCAUGCCCAAUGGAGUUCUCAUUAAUGGAAAAGGACCGUAUAGAUACAAUGACACGCUUGUCCCCGAGGGCAUCGAACAUGAGACCAUUAAUGUUAAUCCUGGUAUGACUUAUCGUGUUCGCGUGCACAAUGUUGGGGUCUCAACCUGUUUGAAUUUCCGAAUCCAGAGUCAUAAUUUGCUGUUGGCAGAAACAGAAGGCUAUUACACAUCACAGCAGAACUACACCAGCCUCGACAUCCAUGUGGGGCAGUCGUUCAGUUUCCUUGUCACCAUGGAUCAGAAUGCGAGCUCCGAUUAUUACAUCGUUGCUUCUGCUCGUUUUGUGAACGAAUCUCUCUGGCAGAGGGUCACCGGCGUUGCGAUACUGCAUUAUUCUAACUCGAAAGGGAAGGCUGUCGGUCCUCUCCCUGACCCUCCGAACGACGCUUAUGACGCAUCUUAUUCGCUAAACCAGGCGAUGUCGAUCAGGCAAAAUGUGACUGCAAGCGGAGCUCGUCCCAACCCUCAGGGCUCGUUCCACUACGGUUCGAUCAAUGUCACUGACGUUUACAUCCUCCGAAGUCUGCCGCCAGCAGUGAUUGACGGGAAGCUACGAGCAACGUACAACGGUAUUUCUUUCGUAAAGCCCGAUAUGCCUAUACGGCUCGCAGAUGUGUAUAAAGUGAAGGGCGCUUACAAGCUCGAUUUUCCUAGUAAACCGCUCGAUAGGCCACCCCGGAUGGACCGAUCUAUCAUCAAUGCUACGUACAAGGGAUUCAUCGAAAUAAUAUUGCAGAACAAUGACACCGUCGUCCAGACCUUUCACCUCGGCGGAUACUCGUUCUUCAUCGUUGGGAUGGGCUCCGGUGUCUGGUCGGAGAACAGCAGGGGUUCGUAUAACAGAUGGGAUGCGAUAUCGCGGUCGACCGUUCAGGUGUUUGCGGGAGGGUGGAGUGCAGUUUUCGUGUCUUUAGACAACGUGGGCGUGUGGAAUCUUCGGACGGAGAAUCUUGACCGGUGGUAUCUGGGGCAAGAGACGUACAUGAGGAUCGUGAACCCUGAAGACGAUGGCUUCAAAACAGAGCUGCCGGCGCCGGACAAUGCUCUCUACUGCGGCGCCCUGAGCAAGAUGCAGAAGCCUCAGAAACUGUUGACAUCGUCAUCGUGGAGGUUGUCUUUAAUCUGGAACGUGUUGGCGAUUGCUACGUUGAUGGUGAUGCAGAUUCUGCAUUUUUAGAUGGUCUGGUCUGGUCGGGUAUGUUGCAUCUGAUGUGGACCGUUGGGUUGGAUUGGAUUGGAUUGGAUUGAAUUAGGGUGUGUGGUUUAUGGUUAGAUUAGGUUUUGUUUUCUUGGACAUGGAUGGUAUCCGAUUCAAUUUCUUGGAUGGGCCAGCCCCAUUGUUAUUCUUUUCUUUUUUCCUUUUUGGUUUUACACUCGAUCGAGAUGUUAUUUGUCAAUUGUGAAGGUAGCAGCAGCAACACCCACUUUUUUAAUAUUUGUAUCGAAAUCAAAUACUAGACUCCAUUUUUAUUUAA